AUGGCAGAACCAUUCCGCGAUCUCAGUAAUUUUUCGACCAUGGAACAAUUAGCCAAAGUCAACCAAGAGAUGGGAUCUGCUCCUAAAUCUGCCAUGUUCAUCAGCAGAAACUUCUAUGGAUCAUCUCGUCAACCGUUCGCUGAAAAAUGGCUAGGGAAUAGAACUUGCGUCGAUUUGGAUGACUUGAUUUGGCCGAUGUCGAGGCGCGGAUCGUCCCCAAGGAUCAAAACUUCUUCGCUUUUGGAAUUCGACUAUCUAGCCAAUGGGAGGCAGUGGUUGACGUAG